CAUCGAUGCCUUAAAUUUCAUCACACACAACACACACCACCUCCAUCACUUUACUUAUUUAUUUCUUGAUCCUGCCUUUUGCAUUAUUCUCUUCACCUUUAUAAUUUUCUGUACUUCCACAACCACAUUAUAUAUAUAUAAUGGGGAGUGGGUUUAUAAAGAAAUGGAUGAUUCUGUGCGUGUUUUUAUCUGUGGCGGUGAAUCUACGAGACGGUGUUACAGCGGAGCCUCAAGUUCCGUGUUACUUCAUAUUUGGUGAUUCAUUAGUUGACAAUGGUAAUAACAACAACAUUCAGUCAUUGGCCAAGGCGAACUACUUGCCGUACGGCACUGAUUUCCCUCAAGGCCCUACCGGUAGAUUCUCCAACGGUAAAACUACCGUCGAUGUCGUCGCGGAGCUGCUAGGGUUUGAUGAUUACAUUCCACCGUACGCCACUGCGCGUGGGGAACAAAUACUCAGGGGAGUGAAUUACGCAUCAGCUGCUGCUGGAAUUAGACAAGAAACUGGACAGCAACUGGGUGCUCGAAUCGAUUUUUCGGCACAAAUAAACAACUACAAGAACACAGUUGCACAAGUGGUGGAUAUACUAGGCGACGAAAACACCGCUGCGGAUUACUUGAGGAAGUGCAUAUAUUCAGUUGGAGUUGGUAGUAAUGACUAUCUUAACAACUACUUCAUGCCUAAUUACUACUCGACUAGCCGACAGUAUACACCCCAACAAUACGCAGACGUUCUCAUUCGACAAUAUUCCGAGCAAAUACGUACUCUGUACAACUAUGGAGCUAGGAAGUUUGCUUUAAACGGAAUAGGGCAAAUCGGGUGCAGCCCGAAUGCACUGGCUCAAAAUAGCCCCGACGGUGUUACUUGCGUGCAAAGAAUCAACGGUGCGAAUCAGAUAUUCAACAGCAGACUCAGAUCAUUAGUUGAUGAGUUCAACAGCAAUUCACAGGAUGCACAGUUCAUCUACCUCAACGCGUACGACGUUUUCCAGGAUUUAAUCGACAACCCCUCAUCUUUCGGUUUUAGAGUGUCGAACGCUGGGUGCUGUGGGGUGGGGAGGAACAACGGGCAAAUAACAUGCCUUCCGUUCCAGAAUUCAUGCCAAAACAGAGAUGAAUAUGUUUUCUGGGAUGCGUUUCAUCCUACGGAGGCUGCUAAUAUUAUUGUCGGUAGAAGAGCGUACAGUGCUGAGAAGGCAUCCGAUGCGCAUCCCUUUGAUAUUCGCCGUUUGGCUCAAUUUCUCUCUCUCUCUCUCUCUCUCUCUCUCUCUCUCUCUUCUCUCUCUCAUUACAACCACAUAAACAAUGAACACUAUUCGCACGUGAAAAUUUGGCGAAAUGCCAAACAGUGCCCCAACCAAUUAUUGAAUAUUAUAUUCAUAUCUAUUUAUAUGGGCUCUUAUUUGCCACAUAAUUUAUUCAAUACAACAUACACAACAAGAUUUCUGCAACUAAAAAUGGAGUACUCCAGGCUUAACUUGUGGUACCUUCUGGCAUGUGUUGUAAUCAUAUUGCAAAGUCAUCAUCGUAUGGUUGUCGGUGAGCCAAAAGUUCCGUGCUUGUUCAUAUUUGGCGACUCUUUGGUGGACAACGGCAACAACAAUUACCGCGAAACCACCGCUAAAGUCAACUACGAGCCUUACGGCGUUGACUUUCCCGCCGGCCCGACCGGCAGAUUCACUAAUGGCCGUAAUACCAUCGAUAUCAUUGCUGAAAUGUUGGGCUUUGACGAGUACAUUCCACCGUAUGCUACCGCCACCAAUCAGAAUAUUCUCGGCGGUGUAAACUAUGGCUCCGGCGGUGCUGGGAUUCUUUAUGAAUCUGGACGUCAACUUUACGGUGACGUAAUCAGUUUCGACGAGCAAUUAUCGAACCACGAGGCAACGAUUUCGCGGAUCGCGAAAUUGGUGGGCGGGAAAAGCGCAGCGAAAAAACACUUGAAAUCGUGUUUGUAUUCAGUGGGACUGGGAAAUAACGACUACCUCGCAAAUUACCUCCCCAAAUACUACGCCUCGACCGCAAAACAGACCUCGCAAACCUUCGCCGCACUCCUCAUUGCCAAAUACACAAAGCAGCUCAUAAAACUGUACAAAACCGGAGCGAGAAACGUCGUCGUAUUCGCACCUGGUAAAUUAGGGUGCGUCCCCCAGCAGAUAUCCACAUACGGCAGCUCCGACGGAUCCUUCUGCUUCGAAACCAGCAACGAAAUAGUCCAGAUCUUCGCCGACGGUGUGAAGCUUCUCAUCGAUAGUCUCAACAAACUUCUCCCCGGCGCUAAAUUCAUUCACACAGACACCUCCACCGCCACAUCCUACGGCAACAUCACGGUGGCGACGGAGCCGUGUUGCCCGACGUCGACGGAUGUGAGCAACAGCGGGCACUGCAUACGAGGAAGCGUUGUGUGUAGUAACAGAGACGAGUACUUGUUCUGGGACGCCUUCCAUCCAACGGAGGCUGCUAAUUUGAUCUCCGCCAAAAUUGUGUAUGAUGAUAUUUAUCCCUUGUUUGCUGAUCCGAUUGCUGCUUCCUGAUUAUUUUAUCACGACAAAUUAAUUGCUUUUUAAUAUUUUUAUUGUUGUUUUUAAGAACUGAAUUAGAUGUUAAUUAUUUAAGCUAUUCGGGCCGUCGUUUGUAAGCCCAAUUAAUGUUUUAGCCCACUCUUUUAUGUUUUUAAUUAAUAUGUAAUGUGUAGUUCGGGCCUUUCUGCUACUUAAUAAAUUGUUCCAAAAUCGACAUCUUUUUUUUACCG